AUGGCCCCCAGCCCAUGUGGCCUCCUGCUGCUAUUGCUACUGCCAUCCCUGGGGACUGGCCCUGCCAUGGGCCUUCCCAGGCCACAAGAGGACUUGGAACCACACCUGAUUCCAGGAGCCCACCCCAAGGGUCCUGUUGGCACAGAGCCCGAAGGCCUCAACUUCCUCUGGGAGAAGUCCAGAGAUGAGAACCCUUGGAACUCCAGUGUCCCCCAGGUCCCUGCUGAGGAGGUGCCUCAGAGGACUGAAGAGUCUCCCCUUGGCCCAGCCCUGCAUGGACCUAAAGCAGCCCAAGGGGCUGAAAGAGAAGGACUCCCAGUAGCCGAUGACUUCCAGGUGGCUCAAGGGCCAAGUUCUCAGGGCUGGACAGGACCUCCUGACUCACAGGAGCCUCUGGAGCAAGAUGUACCACCACCCCAUCCAGUGGGGUCCCCCCAUCUCACUUUCAUCCCCACAACUCCCAGAAUCCAACUCAGGGUAGCCACAGUUCCUCCCUCCUCAGGGGAGCCUGGUGCUCAAAUGGGACAGCAACCACUUGGAGAUGAGGAUCUGGUUGCUGAAGCCAAGCCCAGGGUCACAGAAACAUCCCCCUCAGCCCACCAGGUUCCUCUCCACACUCUUGUACCCCAUUCAGGCACCAUCAGGAGGCCAGUGCUGGAAGAACAGGGUGGGGGUGAGGAAGACUUUCAGGAGGCAGCUCAAGGUUCCCUCUUCACCCAGAAAGAUCCAGCAGCCUCUGAGGUUGGCUCAGUAUCCCCAGUUGAGGAGAUAUCCACUCAGGAGCAUGGGUCCCAGCCAGACCUGGCCUUGGCCAGAAGCCUUCCUCCUGCUGAGGAACUUCCAGCUGAGCCUCCCAAGAAAGCUGGAGGUGGGGAGAUCUGGGAAGUCAGUUUUCCAAGUCCCUCACCAAAGCAGGCUGACUUCCCUGAUGUUCAGGGCUCACCAGGUCCUCCAGCAUCAGAGACUCCUGAUGGGCAGCCCAAGCCAGAGAUAGCAGUAAUGAAUGGAGCAGACCCUGUCUCUCCCCAGCGGGUGAGAGGAGCAGUGGAGGCCCCAGGUACCCCCAAGUCCCUCAUCCCUGACCCCUCGGACCCUGGCCCAGCUACAGCCCAAACAGAGAGCCCUGUGAGGGCCCUGCAGCCAGAUGAAGCUGAGGAGUGGCCCGGGCGCCCCCAAAGUCAUCCCCCAGCACCCCCAGUCCAGGCCCCCUCGACGUCACGCCGGGGACUCAUUCGGGUCACCACACAGCGCGCAUUGGGUCAGCCACUCCCUCCGGAGCCCUCAGCCAGCUCCAUGGCAUCCGCCCCAGCCUCUAGCCCCCCGGCCAACGCCACCGCACCCCCUCUGCGCUGGGGUCCCCUUCGGCGGGUGCUGAGCUUUUCCUGGGAGCUGCACGUCUAUGGGGUGGGGGUGCUCUUUUUUCUGCCGGCGUUGCUGGCAAUGGUGUCUCUGGCAGCCGCCCCUGCGGGGUCCUGGCUGGCACUGGUGGCGGCGGUGCUGGUACUCCUAGCAUCGGGCUUCCGAUCUGCCUACAUGCUUGCGGACCCCUACGGCUCGCAGGCGCGACUGGGUUUGCGCGCCGGCCUGGUGCUCUACAACCUACCCUUCCCCUUGCUGCUCACUGCGCUGGCGGCCCUGACCCUACUCGGCCUGGGUGCCGGGCUGCCACAGCAGCUGCAGAACCCGCUUCUGCUGGGAGUAGUGGCGUUGGUGCACGGCGUGGGGUUACUCGCUACAGACCUGAUGUCGUCGAGGCCCACGCUCAACCUCCUGGCUCAGGGCAUCUCGUGUGCCUGGGGUGCAGUCGUGGCUCUGGGCACGCUUUGCCUGUGCCGUCGCCGCCUGCUGGAUGGGCCGCGGGGUUGGGAUGCCAGCCCGGGCCCGCGGCUGCUGGCAGUGGCGGGAGCGCUGGGGUUUCUGGCCAGCGGCUUACAGCUGGCGGCCUCCCUCUGGCUCUAUCCAGGCCCAGGCCGCGUGGGCCACUUCUCGUGGGCCUGGUGGGGAGUCCACUUCUGGCUGCGCCUGCUGGAGCUGACGUGGGCACUCACCUUGGCGGUAGCUGCUGUGGUUGCCGCGCGGCCUAGGCCGCCCACGGAGCAUGCGUGCUGGGCUAAGCUGCUGCGCCUGGCGUGUCCCGCGCCCUCGGGCAAAAGCGAGGUGCCCGACCGACCCAACAACUGCUAUGCGGGGCCCAGUGGCGUCGGCGCAGGCAGCUUGGACAUCAGCAAAAGCCUCAUCCGCAACUCCGCGGAGGGGGGGCCGCCUGCCACGCCCAGUUCAGGCGCCUGGGGCUCGGCUGCGUCGCUGGGCCGCGGUCCCCAGAGUGGCCCGGGACUCUCUCGUAGCAGCGUGGGACCAGCACCAUCGAUGAGUGAGCUGGACCUGCGGCCGCCUUCGCCCAUCAACCUGAGCCGCAGCAUCGACGCCGCGCUCUUCCGAGAACACUUGGUACGAGACAGCGUGUUCCGGCGCUGCGGCCUGCGCGGCCUGGCCUCUUCCCCAUCUGGAGGCGCGCUGCGGCCGCGCCGGGGCAGCCACCCCGACGCUGAGCUCGAUGGCGCGGGCUCUUCGCUCCUUCGUGGCCGCUGCCGGUCACUCAGCGACGUGCGCGUGCGCGGAUCAGUCCCACCACACACAGUGGACGAGCCUGAUCAGGUGGCUUCAGGCAGCUCCAUGGACAGCUUUUCCCGGGGCUCGCUCAAGAUCAGCUGGAACCCGUGGCGCCAUGGGCUGUCGUCGGUGGACAGUCUGCCUCUAGAUGAGCUACCCAGCACGGUGCAACUACUGCCUGCCCCAGUCCCUGCUCCUGUUCCUGCUCCCACCCGACCUGGGGAACCCCCUAGUGAGGUCCAGCCUUGCUGCAAGCGCGGGGACUCCCGCAGCGCCUCCAGUGACACCAUUGAGCUCUGA